AUGCACUGCUCAGGCGUUGUUAUGCUGCUGCUCUAUGCACUCGUAUUGCUCACUGCUGUGCUGGUAAAAGCUGACGCGGUCACGGAAGCACUAGCCUCGAACCGGACCACGUCCGAAGCCGAAUCGUCGGCUGUGACCCGUGACAAAGUUGACACUAGGAGGUUUGCACGACCUGACGAGACAGAGGAGAGAGCUGCUACCGGUUUCCCGAGCACUAUGUCAACAGCAAAGUCCUGGCUCGAGUCAUUCGGAUCUGUGUUCAAAAACGGCGCUCGGGAUCUUACUUCUUCGUUGACCAGUACGUCGAAAAUAACACUCUACGCCAAGUCGUUGGGGUCGCGGAUCAUAAACAGCAUCCGAGCUCACUACUGGCUACGAAAUAAAGAAUCCGCAGUUGGGGUCUUCAAGCGAUUGAAGCUCGACACGGGGCUAGAAGAAAACCUGCUUAGCCCAAAGCUCAAGACAUGGGUGACGUUCGUGGAUGUCUACAACAAGCGCAAUCCGAACAAAAAGGUGUCAAUUGCUCGGAUACUGUCCGAUACGUACACGGAUGUAAAACUGGCACAAGCGCUUCGAGGGCCUAUCGUUCCUCGAGACAAGCGCCCGUUGCUCGCUCGGUUGGAGAAAGAACUGAUGAACAACUGGGAACAGGAUAUACAAACGACACGCGACGUUUUUAGGCUGCUCAAGCUUCACGUGCCAGGCAGUAACAUUUUCGAGCGUCCCGAGUUGAGUCUGUGGUACAUGUACACGCUGAAGGUCCAAAAAGACCCCAACAGGUCAAUGGCCAAGACGUUGUUGAAGCAUUACAAGUGGGACGCCGUGGAGACAAUGCACAAGAACUACAACAAACCGGGAGACUUUCGUCUGCAAGAUAACUGGGUAAAUCUGGGAAGAGCGCUCGCGCUGUACCGGCGUUCGCGUCAGGCAGUCAAAGUUUCUCGACAGGCUACUUCGAACCGCAAGCCGUUGGACGAUGAAAAGUAA